UCAUAAAUCUCCCACAUAUACAAAGAGUAACAAAAAAAACCCCAAUCUUUAGAGCUUGGGAGUCUGGAAAAUUCAAAAAAUCCCAUUCUUUUUGCCUAUAAAAUCUCGAUCAAACAAACAAUUCAAACCUAAAGUAAUAUUAUUCCCACGCCAUGGCUGCAUUCUCCUCCUCUCCGGCGUGGCUCUGCAUCGGCGGCGGCGGCCGCAGAUUAUCGUUUCCGGCCAAACACGCCCUUAACUGCGUCCAUGCCAGCGUCGCCGCCGGCCGGAGCUUUCCCAGCAAGAUGGAUCUCCUCACCGACCAUCAUCAUCAUCAAAACGGGCAUGCUUCAAAUUUGAAGCAAGAAUCCCGACAGAAUAUCCCCAAGGAGAAGCAGCUAGUGGAUCCACAUCGGCAGGGCGUGAUCGUCGACGGCGGAGUUGUCUACCGGCAGACCGUCGUGAUCAGGUCGUACGAGGUCGGACCGGAUAAGACCGCCACUAUUCAGACAUUGUUCAGUUUGUUGCAGGAAACAGCUCUGAACCAUGUUUGGAUGUCGGGACUGCUGAGUGACAAUGGAUUUGGGGCAACACAUGGGAUGGUGAGGAACAAUCUCAUCUGGGUUGUUUCAAGAAUCCAUCUUCAACUCCAUCAAUACCCAAUCUGGGGUGAAGUUGUGGAGAUAGACACGUGGGUUGGAGCCUCCGGCAAGAACGGAAUGAGAAGAGAUUGGCUUCUCCGAAGCCCCUUCACCGGCACUGUAUUCGCACGUGCAUCAAGCACGUGGGUAAUGAUGAACCAAUCGAGUCGACGUCUCUCGAAAGUUCCAGAAGAAGUGAGAGCAGAAAUCUCGCCAUGGUUCACUGAGGAGCAAGCACUGGAAGAAGAAGAAAGCCCUGAAAGGAUACCCAAAUUGGAUAGCAAUGCGACCUAUGAGCUCUCUAACUUGAAGCCAAAGAGGAGUGAUCUUGACAUGAACAACCAUGUAAACAACAUCAUAUAUGUCAAGUGGAUGCUCGAGACAAUCCCAGAUGAAUUACAGGAAGAUCAUUCGCUUUCCAGUAUUGUAUUGGAAUACAGAAGAGAAUGUGGGAGCACUGAUCUAGUUCAGUCCCUCUGUGAGCCACAGGAUGCUGCAGAGUCGUCGAAUGGACGGCCAGGAUUAGCCCAUCAGCUUACCUACACUCAUCUUCUUCAGAAGACGACAGGCGGCGGAGGAGAGAUUCUCAGAGGGAAGACCACGUGGAACCCUAAAUAAACAUAUACACAAUUUUCAUCAUGUACAUAAUAUAUAUAUAUAUAUAUAUUAUUAUUAUUAUAUAUUACAGAUAUUCCAUUAAGAUUUUUUAUUGAAUUAUAUUAUUGUGGUCAAACAACUAAAGUGGUGACUUUAAAUGAUAGCGAAAACGACUCUGCUAAUGGCGAUACAUACAAAAUGUAUAUAUGCAGAAACAGAAAGCAUAUGUACACAUUAUAUAUAUAUCACAUAUGUAUAUCUACAUGCACAGUACUGUUAUAUUAUUAAUCAAUAUUAUCAAUGUACUGUAUUUCAUUAAUUGGUCUUGAUUAUAUCAAGACUAUUGCUCCAUUUAGACAACAAC